GUGGGUGACUUGCUUAUAAGAGCCGGUCUCCAAGCGUCUUGUCGCCACAGUCUCUUCCUGUUCUCGGUGUUGCUGUUGUUGCUUGUUGCGGAAGCCGCAGUGGCUGUGAAGAUGGCGUCUACCAGCCGUUUGGAUGCUCUUCCAAGAGUCACAUGUCCAAACCACCCUGAUGCGAUUUUAGUGGAGGACUACAGAGCUGGUGAUAUGAUUUGUCCUGAAUGUGGCCUGGUUGUAGGUGAUCGGGUUAUUGAUGUGGGAUCCGAAUGGAGAACUUUCAGCAAUGACAAAGCAACAAAAGACCCAUCUCGAGUGGGAGAUUCUCAGAAUCCUCUUCUGAGUGAUGGAGAUUUGUCUACCAUGAUUGGCAAGGGCACAGGAGCUGCAAGUUUUGAUGAAUUUGGCAAUUCUAAGUACCAAAAUCGGAGAACAAUGAGUAGUUCUGAUCGGGCAAUGAUGAAUGCAUUCAAGGAAAUUACUACCAUGGCAGACAGAAUCAACCUCCCUCGAAAUAUAGUUGAUCGAACAAAUAAUUUAUUCAAGCAAGUGUAUGAACAGAAGAGCCUGAAGGGAAGAGCUAAUGACGCCAUAGCCUCUGCUUGUCUCUAUAUUGCCUGUAGACAAGAAGGGGUUCCUAGGACUUUUAAAGAAAUAUGUGCCGUCUCACGAAUUUCUAAGAAAGAAAUUGGUCGAUGUUUUAAACUUAUUUUGAAAGCUUUAGAAACCAGUGUGGAUUUGAUUACAACUGGGGACUUCAUGUCCAGGUUCUGUUCAAACCUUUGUCUUCCUAAACAAGUGCAGAUGGCAGCUACACAUAUAGCCCGUAAAGCUGUGGAACUGGACUUGGUUCCAGGGAGGAGCCCAAUAUCUGUGGCAGCGGCAGCUAUUUACAUGGCCUCACAGGCUUCAGCUGAGAAGAGGACCCAAAAAGAAAUUGGAGAUAUUGCUGGUGUUGCUGAUGUUACAAUCAGACAGUCCUACAGACUAAUCUAUCCUCGAGCCCCAGAUCUGUUUCCUACAGACUUCAAAUUUGAUACCCCUGUUGACAAACUACCACAGCUGUGAAUUGAGGCAGCUGAUGUCAGACUUGUGAACACGGAACUUUGCCUGUUGUACAUAGCCUAUACACAGUGCUGGAUUGAGCCUUUAAUGAGGAAGAAGAAAAGACAUGGUAUGCAUUCCAGGGCUAAAUAUUAAUUGCUUGGCUUUCUGUAUGUAUAUAUUAGUGAAACAUAUUUAAUGACUUAAAUUUCUUAAUUGAAUUUGCUUUCUUUUGUAGCAGUCUAGGAAACUGUAUUUUGGAAGAUAUUUCAAAUGAUGUAAUUCUUGAAUAAAACAUUUUUCAAAAUUAAA